AUGACUGACGCUUCUCUUCCCAAGCCCUCCCGGCCACCUCCACCUGCCUUACCUGAAGGGUGGGUGGCCAUUUGGGAUGAAGAGUACAAGAGAUAUUAUUAUGCAAAUCGAGUGACAAGAGAGACUCAAUGGGAGAUUCCCACCGCUUCAGCAGCACCACGUCCACCUCCAACCUACAAUACUUCAGUGCCCCAGCAAGUGCCGGCUCUGUCUCACGUCCAACAAACUCAGCAGGUUCCUGUCCAACAUAUUCAGCAGGUUCAAGGAGUUCAAACGGUUCCUGUCGUUCAACAGGUUCCUGUCGUUCAGGCUGUUCCUGUUGUUCAACAGGUUCCUGUGGCUGUUCCAGUUGUUCAUCGGAGACCAGCAUCUGGGCUAGUUACUGGAAUGGUGGUUGGAUCCAUGAUCGGAGGACGAAGACGUAGGAGAAGAUGA